UUGUAGUGUGCGUUCGGAACAAGAAAUGUUUUAAAACAUCUUUCAUAGUAUACAGAUCGUGCAAGUGGUAACUGAAUAAAAAAUAUAUAUAUAAAAUAUUACAAUUGUGUUAUUUGUUUAUUAUUGUCCGACGAGAAUAAAACCUAAAAGUAAAAUCAAUAUUAAACAACACCAAAGAAAUAUUUAAAAUAUCUGUGCAGACGAGCGGUACCUCUCUUGACUAAAGAUAUCUGUUUUGAUGUUAACAAUAAUGUCAAAUGUGACUGAUACUCAAAGCUAUUUAAAUGGUAUUGUUAACGAAUUUAAAUUAUAUAUAUUGAACGCUAUAGAAGAAGAAAUAAAAUACGAUGAUGAAAUCGAUUCGUGGCCGUUAAUGAAUAAACCAUGGUAUAUAUUAACAAUACUUUUAAUGUAUUUAGUAUUUGUAUUGGACAUUGGUCCAAAGUUCAUGGCAAACCGUAAGCCAAUGAACAUUAAAUCCAUUAUGCUCAUCUACAAUGCUACUCAAACAAUAUACAAUGCAUGGCUUGUAUGCUGGUUUAUUUUUUUGCCCGGAACAUUCGACUAUGUCUGGAAUCAUUCGUGUUACUCAGAUCCAGGACCGUAUGGUCGAUAUUUAAUAAAUCAGCUUUAUAAAGCCAUGUGGUAUUAUUUCAUAUCAAAGAUAGCAGAUUUUUCAGACACCAUAUUUUUCGUCUUGAGAAAAAAACAAUCUCAAGUUACAUUCUUACACGUUUACCACCAUGUAAAUAUGGCAUUUUCUUCUUGGUUUCAUUUAAGAUUUAUUAAAAGUGAACAGAUAGCAGUUGGUGGAAUCAUCAAUACAAUAGUGCACACAAUUAUGUACAGUUAUUAUUUUUUGUCAGCGCUCGGGCCUCAAGUCAAAAAAUAUCUUUUUUGGAAAAAAUACUUGACCGGACUUCAAAUAUUUCAGUUUGUGAUGAUCAUAUUCUACGUGUUCGGGCUUUUUAUAUUCGAUUGCAAAUUUCCAAAACUGUUUAUGAUGUAUGUUAUCAUUGACCUAAUAGUGUUUUUACAUUUGUUUAUGAUAUUUUAUAAAAAAACUUAUGUAAAAAAAAUCAAAACGUAAUAGAAAAACAAUAAAAGAAUAUGUAAAUAUUGGUAGUACACUGUUGCGUACGUUUGUCUAUUUUCGCAAUGCGAGAUUGCGUUGAUAUGGUGUUGCUAUGUGACGCUAAAAAUUAGUACCCGUUUGAAACCAGUGCAACGUCGGCAGUGAAUGGAAUGCAUUACAAUGGUGGAAUUACA